AUGGUUGAUAUUAUAGCAUUAGUUCUUGGUCCACUAAGGGAGAUUAGGAUCAACAUUUUAGGUAUGGAUCCCCUAAGCACUCCUUUUGACAAUGAGUUCUACAAUGGCAUCUGUGAGCGGGUUCGGGAUGGAAACACCUUGACAUACUAUCGCAAACCCUGGAAUUUGGCUUCUCUCUCCUAUGAAGUCAAAGCUGAUAAAAAUAUGAGAACUGAGCAUUUUGAAAGACAGUUUCAAGCAUUCACCAACAUCAUCCAAGAGAAGAGAUCAACUUUUAAUGUUGAUUUAUCUCUAAAAUUCAUACCUACUGAAACUAUUAAAGACCUUAAAAAUACAAUUAAAGGAAAGGAUAAUGGAAAGAGCACCACUAAACAGGAAAAUAAAAAGAAUAGCUUUCAUUUUCACUAUUCCAAAAAUGAAAGUUACCAACAAUUCUUGUCAUAUUUUUCAGAAAAGGAAAAAAUAUUUCUGCUUGUGAAAGGAAUGGUUCAGAUGGGAACAUUUGUAAUGAAAAGUCGAAGUGUCAUGCUGACGACAAGUUUCAUGGAUGAUAUAAAAGCUCUGCCAACUACCUAUGAAAAGGGGGAAUAUUUUGCAUUUUUGGAAACUUAUGGAACCCAUUACAGUAGCUCUGGGUCUCUAGGAGGACUGUAUGAACUAAUAUAUGUUUUGGAUAAAGCUAACAUGAAGGAGAAAGGUGUUGAAAUCAUUGAUAUAAAGAGAUGCCUCGGAUUUAAUCUGGAUUUGUCUAUAAGUAUUGCAAAUAUUGGAGCUGAAAUCACACAAAAAGUUAAUAAAGAUAGUUGUUUAAAGAGGGGUGAAGGUAGAUUUGUAAACAUCACUCAGGAUAACCUCAUAGAUGAUGUUUUUUCAUUCAUAAGAGGAGGAAACAAAAAUUAUGUGCUUGAACUGAAAGAAAAGCUUCUCAGAGGAGCCAAGACGAUUGAUGUGACUGACUUUGUAAAUUGGGCCAGUUCCUUAAGUGACGCUCCGGUGCUCAUAAGCCAAAAACUGUCUCCUAUAUAUAAUCUGAUUCCAGUGCAAAUAAAAGAUGCACACCGAAAGAAACAAAAUUUAGAACAAGCCAUUGAAGACUAUAUCAAUGAAUUCAAUGUAAGAAAAUGCCACCCAUGCCAAAAUGGAGGUACUGUGGUACUGCUGAAUGGGCAAUGUUUGUGUACUUGCCCAAAGAAAUUUGAAGGAACUGCCUGUGAAAUCAUUAAAGGGCAAAUUCUUUAA